CCAUAGCUGGAGGCCGGACGACAAACGAAAGUCGACCGAUUUGGGUGUCCUCAUUAAGUCCCAGCGUAGAGAUGUCAACCACCAUCAGAUUUGGAACCUCUAGCGGCCCGUGCAGGACUGCUGCUGCUGAGAGAGCACAGGUGGCAGAGGAAACUGAUGAGAAAGGAAACUGUGACCCGGACCAACUCUUGCAGUGCCCUUUUGACAAGAACCACCAGAUCCGGGCUUGCCGCUUCCCCUACCACCUUAUAAAGUGCAGGAAGAAUCAUCCGAAACUGGCCAGUGAGCUGAAAACCUGCCCUUUUAAUGCUCGCCACCUGGUCCCCAAGCAUGAGCUGACACACCACACUGAGACCUGUGAGGACAGAAUAUCUGUGGACCCGGAACAUGCUGGAAGCACAAAUGGACAUUGUAAAUGGCAGGUCCCAGUCAGUACCUGGAUAAACCCAAACAUGACUGAGGACUGGGACAAAGAGGCUGAUGAUACUGCUACUCCGUUUGUGUGGGGUGAAAGCACCGCCUUGCAUCGAGAGCUGGAGAUGACGCCUACCAACAAUCUUGGCCCAAGUUUUAGAGUACCCAAUACCCUCCCAUGGUCGGCAUUUAAGCCAUAAUUUGUGCUUACUGUAUAUCCAAAUAGAUAUUUCAUGUAGGCCUCUUAUAUGUAUGCAUGCAUGCAUGGAUAAUAUACUUUUAAAUUUGCUCUUAAGUCUUUGUCCACUGAAAGUUUUUAAUUUGUGUUUGUACUGUAUCUAAAUUUUCUCAUGUAGGAUCUAGGUUCCAGAGACCUCAUUUUCAGUCACAUGAUGUGGCAGUUUACCUAAAUGCAGAGCAUAGUUGCAUGUACACACAAGUGCCUGAUUUUUCUUUUCCUGCAUUGCCUUGCAUUAAUCCCUGCAUCAGUAACA